AUGCACCGUCACCACGUCGACAGCGCCUCCAAGUUGAAGUUCAGCGAACGCGAUAUCUCUUCGUCCAUUGAUGCGCCGUUCCAGCUCGGGUGCCGUGAAAUCGACACUUCUCAGCCUCGGCAGAACGCUGCUUUUAUUGUGCUAGCUCGUAACAAAGAACUCGAUGGCGUCAUCAAGUCAAUGACAUCGCUAGAGCGUCACUUCAACCAGUGGUUCAAGUACCCGUGGGUUUUUCUCAACGACCAGGAGUUUGACGAUACUUUUAAGCAAACGGUCCAGCAGUACACCCAGGGCCGCGUGGAGUUUGGGGUGAUUCCCCCCGAAGACUGGGGGUUUUCGGGCGUGGACCCCGACGAAUUCAAUGAGUUCAUAAACAGCCAGGGCGACCGGCGGAUCUACUACGGUAAUAAGGCGUCGUACCACCAGAUGUGCCGGUAUUUUUCAGGUAAGUUUUACCAGCACCCACUAGUGCGUAAAAGGGACUGGUACUGGCGGGUGGAACCCGACGUGGAGUUCUUUUGUGACAUCACAUACGACCCGUUUGUGGAGAUGGAAGCCCACAACAAAAAGUACGGGUUCAAUGUCAUGAUUCAUGAGUUGUACUAUACGGUGCCCAGCCUAUUCCGCGAAACCAAGGCUUUUGCGGUCAAUCGCAAAAUCAAACCUUCCAAGUUAUGGAGAAUGAUGGUGAAAAAUUUUCGGUUCAGUGGGGGCGUGGAUGACAAGGACUACGACAUGAUCAAGGAUCGCAAGCAGAUCUUGAAGAAAGUGGAAGAUGAGGUGGCUAUCAAGAAGUUUUUGGAGAUGCCCAAUAAAAAAGAUCUUUCGGGUAUCGACGAUGGGGUACUCGACCAGUUCAUCAAUAAGGCCCGUCAAUUGCCCCGUCUUCAUGAGGAUCGCUUCGACUACGAGGAGUAUAAUUUAUGUCAUUUCUGGUCGAACUUUGAGAUUGCUCGAACCGAUUUGUUCACGUCUGAGUUGUACCAGGAGUAUUUGCAGCAAUUGGAACUUAGCGGGGGGUUUUAUAAAGAAAGAUGGGGAGAUGCACCGGUGCAUUCUCUUGCGUUGGCCAUGAUGUUGGACACCAAAGAUGUCCAUUAUUUCAGAGAUAUUGGGUAUCAACAUUCGACCCUUGCUCAUUGUCCUGGGAACUCCAAGUUAAACCAACUACCAUAUACGCCUGAUGAAGCCAAUGCGAACAACCCAUUUUUCCAGCUGUACAAACCCAAUGCGCCUGUGGUUAAUGGGGUUGGAUGUCGGUGCAAGUGUCCCUUAUUUCACAGAGAGAUUGAGGAUUCGGGAUCUUCAUGUCUAAAGCAGUGGGUGCGAACUACUCGCGACAACUAUAAUCCGUAUAGGCCAUUGGAUCUUGAUCAUUUUCGGCAGAAGAUUGGGUCCCGUAUGGACCGAUACUUGAAGAAGGGCGGGAAGUUGGGGCGGAGCAAGAUUCUGGAGGGGCUAUAACGGUAGUAGAGAGGGUGUAAAGAGAGGUAAAAGUUGAUAGGCAGGUAGAGCAGAACCGAUUGGUGCGAGGGAAGUGUUGCUGCUAGGAUGUAAAAUAAGAGCGGAGACUCAUGGAAGUAGUGUAACUAGAAAUGUAAUAUAAGGCCACCAUUAUAGCCGUUUACUACAGGA